GCAUUGUACUUUGUCUAGCAAGCUCUUCAAUGGAGCCAGCUGCGCCAUGCUUUGCAGUGGUCAUGGCAAACGCCAUUGAGCGCCGACGCAGAGGGGUAGGCAAUGCGCAUUCUAUGCGGAGCAGGAUGGCUUUGGCGCGAGCAGGAAAGCGCAAUCGGCAACUUCAAAGGAUAUUUUCCAAGAAGUUCAAUACCACUAGGAAGAAGAUCGAUGCCUUCAACAUGGACCAGGCCGUGAGACGCACCGACACCAUCGACAUUGAGGGCAGCGCGAUCCGAAAAAUCCGGGGCCGAGGACAAUACAAGACUUGGACGAGCAGAACGAUUCUUCGAGCAGCGCUAGGCAGAUCCGUCAAGGGAAUGCUAUCCGAGACCAACAAGACCACAAUCAGGAUACGGAAGCGCAUGCCGCGAUUGAAAUCAAAGUUACCAGUUGUGUUUUCACUUAACUCCGUGGCAUACUGGAUGGGCGGCAGUCCUGACACUGUGUCCAAGGCUCAGAAGUCAGUUGCCAACGUCUACUUGACUAAACAAAAGGACAUUGUCACUCAGAUGUUGAAUCACCCUCAGGAGUUUUCAUCGAUCGGCUUGCAUCUGGAAUUCGACGAGACCGGUCAGAAGAUGCAGGUCAGAUCGGAUCUUUGUUCCACCACGACAACAAUGGCUGUGCUAGUCUCAAGGUCUCAAGGACUACGAUCUUCGCUACCAAAGCAGGAGGCGGCAAAGUCUUUAUGGAAAGGCAUUGUCGCAAAGCAGCCCGUUGAACCCUUCAGUUUGGCGGCUUCUUGUGAUUUAACGGUGGCAACCUUCGUAUGCGAUUCUGCCACAGCGAAUCAGCUCAUGGUUACUCUUGUUGGACAGUCUUCUCCUGCAAAUGCUUUGGUUAGCCGACAGCCUUGUAUGGUGCACGAAGUCAAUCAUUGUUCGGAAGUGGCUCUCAAGAAGCAUGUUUCUAGACCUGCUCCUACAUGCACGUUCUGUGCUGAAUGCAAGAUUGGUGAUCUCCUAUGCGCCGACUCCCACAUGCUUUCCAAUUCAGACAAAUGGGUUGUUGAGGAACUUGACCGGCGUCGUGCAAAACAGAAGUCAAUAGAUGACAAUCAGAAGGACAAGACUGCAGACAGUGCACGAUGGCCGGAGCAACACAGUACACUAGCAGAGAAGUAUGGUGUACAGUGGCCGCUCCAGCCCAGUGCAGAGCUUGCAGCUUCUGAGUGGUUCAACAUUCUCCCUCCAAGGGAGAAAGAGGUCUUGUGCUUUGUGGAGAUCAUGAGUCAGCAAAUCACGUCUUCAGAGGAGAAAAUCCAAUUUGUGGAUAUAUCACAAUCAGCCUCACGUUUGCCUACAUCCACCAAAGGUUCCAAGGUAACACCGACAAUUCUCCCUGGAUCAAAGCUCUGGCAUGUUGAACGCGGGAGGCUGCUACUAGGAAUCGAGAUGAUGUCUCUCCAAGGGCUACCGGCUGGACAAUUCAAAUGCAAUAUCCUGGAGACUCUGUCGCAAAAGCAGUGCGCAGAUAUGGCCGGCGACAUGUUCGCAACUCCUUGCAUCAUGGCCGUUGUCAUCUCUAUCCUUACUGCCAUUCGUUUCGAAACCGAAAGCGAGGCAGAGGAGAUUCAACACGUUUCACGCUCUAUGCAACAGUGGUGUAAGAGCUGAAGUGUGGCAUAGUGCCCACCAUUAGUACAGAGAGAAAGAACCACCGGUGCCACCGUGCGCAG